AGUUUUUCCUUUUUUAUUGAGGUCUCUUUAUAUCAACAACUUGGAGGAUGGGUUGUUAAUCAAUGAUCAUCCAGUUUGAAUAUGUUGCAUGAAAGCUGGCUUUUAAUAGAGUACUGCAGGCUGAGAAUCAAUUGCUACCCAAUGCAAGGGAUGGAUAAUCACCCUUCCUUUCAGUCCAAGGGCAUUGAGGCUUCAUUCCUCCCACUCCUAGGACCCACAGAUUUCCCUGAGAGUAGCAAUACUGUGGGCUUCAAGUCCUGGCAAGAAGCACCUUUUUCCAUGUGGAAUUGGAACCAUAAAUCCCAAAAGUUUGGGUGAAAAACAUACAGCAGUCUCCUUGCCUAAUAGUUAAGUCUCCUGCUAGGAAAAAACACUACCUACUGAAAGAUUAAAAAAAAUUGGGGUGGAAAGAGAAGUUGAUGGCAGAAGGGUCUGAGCAGAAUGGCAGUAGGCAUAGUUUUUCUCUCCAGAAUUUGAAAAGAUCUGAUCACUUCUGGCAAGUACCUUUUUUCCAUAUUCUUUAGGCGCCUAUCAUCUAUUAUUCAAGAUAGCCAGAUGUGGUUUUCCAAUGUAUCCCAGUAUAGAUUUGUGUUUUACUCAAUAGACAUUUCAUUAUUGGGUUUUGUUUGUUUUGGUGUGCAAUGUUUGGCAGUUUUCUCUAUGUUGUAUAGAAUCAAUCAUUUCAGAAUAUCAUGUCCAUGCAGCUGUAGUUCUUCUGUAUUGAUUAAUCCAAAUUAAUUAAGAGUGAGCUAAACACACAGAAUGGAGGUUUGGCAUGGAUAAAUUUUGCCAUUAGCUCAGAUAUUUCUAUUCUUGCUUAUUUGUAAGUCAAAACUGUAAUUGUAAAAUAAUCAAGCAAACAAAGCAGCAGGGCAAGCUACAAAAUAGCAAGAAAAACAAAAGGAAGUGGUAGAUAAAUACAAGCUGCAGUAAGGCUCGAAUGCUGCCAAAACAGAAUUGUUUUCAGUAUGUGAUGGAACUCCAUCAGGAAGAGAGUGGAUUCAGUCUGCAGCUUAAAAAUUCCCUAGUUUUGCAGUCAAGGUAUUAGGCUAGGAAUGAUGCCAGUGCCUGGAAGGGAAUGUAAGGCCCUUUGGAUCUCAAAACCAUUGAGAUUUCUCUCUCCACUCUUCAUGAAAGCCAGGGAGAAGAAAAAGAAGCACUUUUCCCCUCUAGUGAUCUCCGUUGACAUCACAUCUUUCGUCAAAUGCUGAUUGGCUCAUUUAACUGUUUGAGGCUUGUGUGUCACCUGCAGCUGUGAAUUAAUUGUUGACGGCUUCUGCUCACGGCAGCACUGACAAGUUAAGCCUCUCCAUCUGAACAGAGGAGUCGGCUUUACUGUGGAGUCAAUUAAUCCACCAUGGAUGAUUGCGCUAUGACUCACUUUGCACUGAAACUAAACCUAUACAAGUAUUUCUGCUGUUGCAGAUUGCCAUUUUCAGCAUCAAGCAUUCAAGUGGCCAGACAGCAAAACUGAUCCAUGUGAAAUCCAGUUACAAUAAAUAACUUCGUUUGUAAAAUAUGGGUAUGCAGUUUGCUGUGUCUACCGUUAUGAUCACACAGCACUGCACAACCACAUUCUCAGGCCAUCCCAUAUUUAGAAGUAGAUAUUAGAAGUGUGCAUUUUUCAUUAGUCCUCGUAAUUCGGAUCAAAUUUGUUAAAUUAGUUCUUACAAAGUGAUAUACAAUACGUGGGCAUGGCCCACACCAAAAAAUUAAGAAAUGAAACUUACCCCUUACUUUUUCGAUUUAGUUUUGUAAAUCUCUGAAAGCUCCAAAGUCAGUUUUAUAUUCAGUGCAAGGAAGCCAAGCUGGAAGCAAAGCCAGAAGCAAAGCCAAAGACUGCUUUAGUGUCUUGCCUUUCUUCUGUAAAUUAAUGGCAUUAGGAGUGGGGAAAAGAGGGAACAGUGUUUUCUAGGAAGAUUACAGAACUCUGGGAAUUGUAGUUUGGGAAGGGAAGAGUCCUAUGCCAGAGAAUUCAAAAUGUCCUGCCAUAAACUACAUUUCCCUGAAUGCAGUGCACUGUUCAACAUCAGAGGGAUUUGCCUCUCCCUAGCCAGCCAGAGUUCCAAUAAAUUAUGAUUUUUGUUCCUGUGUUAUAAAUGUCAUUUCCUAAUUGGUUCUAUCAUAAAAACAUGGUGAAAGUUUAUUAAACUGCAAAAACUUUGUCUUUGUGCGAGGAACAUUGAGUUAUAGCACAUUUUGCUAUAGUUUCCAGUCCACCACCUUAUUCUGAGGCUGGGUGGCUAUCUGUUGGGGGUAUGUUGAUGGUUUCUACAAUAUGGUUUUUGUUCCUGGGUUAUAAAUGUUAUUUCCUAAUUAGUUGUACCAUAACAACAUGGUGAAAGGUUAUUAAACUACAAAAAUCUUGUAUUUGCAUGAGGGGCAUCAUGUUAUAGCACAUUUUGCUAUCCAGUCCAUCAAUUUAACAUCAUCAUUGACCCAUUUAACAAAGUUUUUGGUGGAAAAACAAAGUAGUGUAAAACCACUACUUUCAAAGUAAGGAUUAUGUAAUUAAACUGGAAAUAAUACUUUCAAACAAAAAACAUAUAUUCUUUAUUAUGUUGUUUAUGAAAACUUUGAAAAUUCUCCAAAAAUCCAUGGAUAAGUGAAAUGUUCUGAAAUUUGGUGGGCUAAGAGUGGUAAAUGUGUUCUACCAUUGUAGUGAGUUUCACCCCAAUAGUGGUAAAAAUGAGGGAAAAAGGAGCCCCUGGAAUUUCCCCAUUUAUAGUUAUUAUGCGCAAUUACUAUAACAAAAUAGUAACAGAAUUUCAUUAUUCUCGUUAUAGUAGUGAAUUUUUCACUAACUAUACUUUAGAAACACUUUAGAAAUGAAGCACCAACACCCCCCAGUUUUGUAAUAACUUUUGAACCAUUUUUAAUGGACCACACAUUCCUAGAAGAUAUACUCUUUGCUUCUCGUUUUGGAAUUAUUCCAAAUCAGUGCUUAACAAUCUUUGGUCCACUAGGUAUUUAGGACUUCAGCUUCCAGAAGCUCCAAACACUUUGACCAACAUGAGGAAUUGUGGGAGCUGAAGUCCAAAACAUUUGGAAGAUCAAAGAUUGGGAACUAUUGUUUUAAACUAUGGAAAUGCCCAUCAGGGAGUGAUGACGUUUGAAAUCCACCAUCAGAAAUUGUUAUACUUUUGAAAAUAUAUAUUCAUUAAAGAUUUUGCCAAAGUAGAUACAUAAAAAUAUGGGUAGUAGUGAUAUGGGAUAUGGAGAGGAAGAGAAAAAAAGAAAAUAUACUUGACAGGAAUUGAAAUUUAAAUUGAAAAGGGUGGAGAAGUUCUAUUGAUCUAUUUUGCUACAUAUGUCAUAACACUCUUUAGCACAGCAGAAGGGGUUUUCCUUGCUUCUUUUUUAAUUAGGGUGUGUGGUUUUUGGGUAGCACUCUCCCAGGUGAAAAUCCCCUAUGCCUGUUUGGGUAUGUCCACAAUCAUGUCCCAAUAAUUAUUUCCAUUUUUAAGAUGGGUGAACAAAGCACAGAGGAGUUGAGUGCCCAUAGGUAUCAAAUGAAUCAUAGCAGAGUAGUAAUUGCUUUCUUUUUGGUGUAAUUAUGUACUUUUGCUCAUAAUAAGGACAUAAUAAGUACACAUAAAAAGGCCAGACCAUCACAGAAGUCUGUGACCCCAUCGACACUGACCAUGUAAUGCAAACUUAAAACUGUGGCAGUCAGACAACAAACUUCCACAAAAUCUCAUGAAAGAAUGCACACCAGUGCUCUGUGGUUUGUGUAAUCCCCAUCCAGGCCUCAUACUGGUGCCAGGAUUUCCUGUGUAAUCCUCUGCACAGUGAAACCACUUUCUUCAAUAUCACUUCCAAACUGCAUUAAAUAGUUAGUGUAGGUGUGCCCUGUGUCAAGUGGAAUAACAGUGUGAAAAGUACUUCCAUAGAUCAUGACAGAUUCAUGAUAGAGUAAAAUAAAAGGGAAGAAUAUUGAAUAAUGAGGCUUUUAUUAAGCUUCCCCACCAUAUUCCCACACAUCUAGAAUUGACUAUUUUUACAGUCAGCUCAGCUUUUUACCAAGUUUUUGGCUUAUCUGCUUUUUGAAUGACACAUUUUGUAAUUAAUUUCCUGUUGUGAUGGAUGACAAUCCAAAGCUGUGGCUAGAAGCUUCAGUGUAAGUGGCAUUGAUCGUGAACAGAGCGUGUUGAAUUUUAAAUCAGAGUCAUUUAAUUGGUAAAAUGCAGGAAGAAGGAAGACAAACUUAAACAAUAUUUUUCUAUGUUAUACAUCCUAUGUUUGUUGGCAGUAUUCUACCGGUAUGGUGCCAAAAGGUUUUCGCAAUUGUGUUGCUUUUUUUGCGGCUAUUUCUCUACCGACUGAAUAUCUUGAUAAAAUGCUCCAAAUGUGGCAUGGAGGAAAAUCUGGGAUGAUAUCAUUCCUUUUGGAGAAAAAGACAAACAAAAAAAGGCUAAGCAGUAUACAGUCCCAAUAUUUAAAUCCAUGCUUGGACUUAGAGUGCUGAGUUUCAAUUGCAUUGCAUCCACUGGAUUGCAGGUUUUUUUAAAAAAAUGGUUAAGAGUGAUGGGUGCAACAUUUUUUAAAAUAAAAUAUUUGUAUUAGGUUUUUUUUCUACCAUGAUUGUUACCUAUCAAUCAGAGGAUCAAUGACUUUGGAAUUUCCACAUGUUUUUGGACAGCAAUUAAUUGUUUCCAGAAAUUUUGGGAAAGUCACUUUUUGGGAUCCAAAACUCCAGAAUCCUACAGCCCAGCCUUGUUUUUUUUCCCCCCAAAAAAUCUGAAUCCAUAGCAUGUUUUUACAAAAUUGAGUCUAACAUAAUAGAGGUUGACACACUUAGCAAAGCAUGGACUUUUGUGUUACAUAGAGUGCCGUAUAUACUCAAGUGUAAGCCGACCUGAAUAUAAGCCGAGGCACCUAAUAUUACCACAAAAAAACUAACAAGGGUGGAAAAUGCAGCAGCUACUGGUAAAUUUCAAAAAAUAUACCAAUACAAUUACAUUAAUUGAGGUAUCAGUAAGUUAAAUGCUUUUGAAUAUUUACAUAAAACUGUAAUUUAAGAUAAGAAUGUCCAACUCUGAUUAUGGUAUAUUAAUUAUGUUUACUAUAGCAGGUGUAUCUGGCACUUGUUAUAGAAUGUCCUCAAUAAUAUGGAUGAGAUGUUCCUCUCAAUUUGGGGAAACACGUCAUCCUUCAGAUGUUGUUAGACUGCUGCACCCAUCACCCAUAGCCAUUGUUUCCAAUAAUAAGGGAUGAUGGGAAGUGUAGUCCAACAGUAUCUGCAGGGCCACACAUUCCAGUUUCUGUUAUACUUGUCUUUAGGUUUGAUAAACAUAAGCCAGCUGCUUCCUUUGCUUUGGGUUUGCUUUUCAAUACAAGUUGAAGCUUGCAACAUUGUGAUCUACCCAAGGCAUUAACUGGCAAAAUUGGGAAAAACUAACCUGGAAAUUGUAUCAGAUGGUACAGUCACUAUUGAAUAGUAUAGCAAGUUGAAUAUGUCAGUUGGGGAAAUUGUAACGAACUGCCAUGAGAAAUCUGAUCUCUGUGGACACACUGACAUUUAAGCUGGUUCUGUGACACAGCAGAAAUAGUGACUGCUCUGAGAUGUAGAAGGCCUUUUUUAAAAUAAUAAUGAUUCCUUUAAAUUAGGAACAUCUUGCAACCCCAGGCAUAAAAAUGAAAAAAAAAUUAAAAGAUCUCCUGUUCUUUUACUUGGCUUUUGGUUUUAUUGAGCACAGUUUGAUGCAGGCUAGAAUUCCUAAUAGGAAGCUGUUGGAUCAUUCCGUGCAUUAGUGGAAUUUGCACUGACAUGAAAGGCCAGCAAGAACCAGCAGGAAAACCUUGAGCAAUACUCCAGAGCAGAUGAUGGGCAAAUGUUUCCAAGGAGGCAGUAAUGUGGUGAACAAUAGAGAUUGUGAAAAUUGGGGUGGCAGGGAAUGGUGCUGUGCAUGUCAAUGAGCAAAGAACAAUGACGUGAAAUGCCACAACCUUCAGUGAGAUAAAGAUUCAGUGAUGCUGGUCUGUCUUUAUCUUUCUCUUUCCAAGUGUUGAGGUUGGUGUUGUUUUAAGUCUGUGUUUCAGCUGAACAAGAGAUAGUGUUCCUGUAGAGCAGGAGGAGAGAGGAAGACACCUGAAAUAAGGAUAAUCUGAGACAUUUUAAAUGCCCCUUUUAAUAUUUCAAGUAGUGCCUGGCAUUUAGUGGGAAAUGGCUGAGUGGUGUCUGGAAAGGGAUUUAUUCCUGCUUAAAUCUUGCACGGAGAGCAAGGGCUCUUCCACACUACAGUGUUCCCUUACUUAUCGCGGGGGUUACAUUCCAGGACCACCCGCAAUAAGUGAAAUUCCACAAAGUAGGGGCACUAUAUUUAUUUCAAUAUUUACACAUUAUAUUAGUAGUUAGGUAGCCUUUCUCCCUUUGCAAGCCUUCUUCCUGCACUUCUUCCUCUCCGGUGCCCGCAAUCCAGCUGGAUACCGACGAGAGGGAGGGCACAUGCGCAAAAGGGAAACUGGCACCAAUUGCGCAUGCGCACCUGUCAGAAAAAAGGCAUGAAGCAGUGAGGGAGCGAAAAGCGAACCACAAAGUAGGGAGGGAACACUAUAUAUGAUUAUAGUAAUAUGGUUCCGUUAUUACUGCUAUGGUUUCAUCCUAUGGAAUACUGGGAGCCAUAGUUUAGUGAGAGGUGCUUAUAUUUCACAGGCAGAGAGCUCUACCACCACAAAUACAAAUUCCUGGAUUUCAUCGGGCACCAUCAUCACAGCUAAAAUAGAAUCAUAGUUCUACAAGUGUGUAUUGUGAAAAAGCUUUUAAGAGACAAACUCCACUGUAAAACAGCAUAAGCCAGAUUGUUGAAUUCACCCCACUAUUAAGUCUUUUCCUUAGCUUGUUACCUCCUCAUCCUGCUAAUGCCAGAAGCUCAGCAUUUUUUUAAAAAACAAGAGUUUCUGAAUAUUAUCAGUUGCAGUUAAGAGCGUCAAGAGAGAAGAAACUCAGAACCGUUCCACACAGCCAUAUAACCCAGAAUAUUAAGGCAGAAAAUCCCACAAUGAGCUUUGAAUGGGGAUAUCUGAGUCCACACUGCCAUAUAUUCCAGUUCAAAGCAGAUAAUGUGUGGUUUUAUUCAGCUGUGUGGAAGGGCCCUGAGUCUUACAGAGUAUGAAUGUUAGAUGCAACAACAGAAGUUCAAUAUUGGAACAAACAUAAGAGAAUAAAUGCCACAGGCAAGCAAUUUUGGUGCAUUGUGAACCGCUAUAUGUCACUACAUUUUCUGGAAGAUAGGAAAAAAGAGUCCUAUCUGUAGAUUGAGUGUGUGUGUGUGUGUUUGGGAGUGGUGCUUGCACUUUAAAACUCUUUGUCAACUUCUUUGAAAGUCUUUGUUGAAACAACAGCGUAGAAACUAAUAAUUGUUAGCAUAUCUGUUCUUCCAGUGAAACCGACCUCAGCCUGGCUCCUGAUGGACAAGUCAGGCAGGACUGAGCCCAGAGAAAUUGGCCAGUAGAAGUGCCAAGUUAUUUUGGCAUCCAGAGCUUUCCUUGAGCAAUGGCACUGUUAUGUUUUGCCAGUUUUCCCAUUCUGCUCCAUUAAUUUCCUCUCAUCGGACAUACGGAAGGAUAUUGCACAAUACUAUCCUGGUGCAGACUCAGAGGUCCAGAGCUGGUGCUCUAGCAAACAGUGUGGAAAUAAAUAACUUCUGGAAGUUAUCAUAGAGUCGCCCUGGAAGACCUAGAAAAUUUAUUGGAGUGGUAUCUUUUCUAGUAAUUUGCUGAGAUGCUGGGGUAACUUUCCAGACAAUUGCCUGGAAAACCAAGAAAAGUAUCGGUUUUACAGGUAGUGCUAGAUAAUACAUAAUAGCCAUCUCAACUGGCUCCUGAGGGGAUUAUAGCAAAACAUUGACCAUUGAAAAGCAAAGUUUUAGCAAAAUUCAAAGUACCAAUUUUAAAGAGGAAUCAGGAAUUCAAUACCACUUCCCGGUCUGUGAAGGUAAGAUGACAGUUUUGGCUUCAUAACUUUGAUUCCCAAGUUAUGAACAAGAUAGGUUCUGUAGGUUUGUUUUUAAGUUGAAUCUGGAUGUAAGUUGGAACAGGCACAUAUUUAAAGUGUAACUGCAACACACACACACACACACACACACCUGUUCAGAAGAUUCUGUCCCUAUAAUAAUCAGAUUUUGAAAAAUUUGGCAUGUUGUGGAAACAAGGAUUAGUGAUAAAGCUUUAGUGGAGACACCUUUUCCCCCAUGAUAACGCUUUCAAAAGUGAAUUUCCCUUCCAGGGGGUAGAUUUCUCUCCUUUCCUGUUAUUAACUAUUAAUCAUUUGUAAGUCAGAUGUUUGUAACUUGGGGACUGCCUGUAUACACCACAAUCUUUGGUUUUAGGCCAUCUCAUAGUUUACAGAGUGGUAUGAAAGUCUCUCUUUGAAAAGCAUAUGUUUUUGAAGUACUUUCCUAGUUCUUUGUAACUUUUCUAUAUUUUGAAGCACUGCAGAAAUCGUUUUUCAAAUAUUCUUGCAGAAGAACUUGGCCAUGAAACUCACUGAGUGACCAUGGUCAGUUCACACUUUUUCAGCCUCAGAAGAAGGAAAAAGCAAAUGCCCUCUGAACAGUCUUAGCAAGAACUCCUAGAAUAAAUCCACCUUAUGGUUGGUGGAGUUCAGAAAUGACUUGAAGGCGCACAACAAAAUUGUUAACCAAAUUUGAGCAGGUCAAUAUUAAGUGCCUGUGAUCCUAGAGAGAAAAAUACCAUGAGAGCUGGUGUUAUCUACAGGGCUUUCCAUAGAGAUGAUUGAAUGCUAGUUUUCAGAAGUUUCCCUGUCUGUCUGCCUGUGAAGAGAUGGUUCGCACAGAGAACAAGAACUGCUUGUACCAACCAGCCACAAGUUUGUACAUUUCUGUGGCAGCUUAAAGACUAAACUAUGUUCAUUGGUAAGGUGCCACAGAACUCUCUGUGUAAACUUGGUGUGUGUAUGUGACUCCAGCUCUUGAACAUCUGGUGGGGAAAAUGGUUCUGAACAAGAUUUUAAAUAUGCCAUAAGGGACCUGUUUUUGCCUCCUUUUAGUAUUGUAACAGGCAUUAUCCUUAAUUCAGCACAGACACAGCUUAAGCCUAUAGAAAGAAUUAAUGGUCUUAGGUAUGUUUUACUCUCAACUGGAUUCAAGCCAGUGUAUUCUACCAUAUUAAGUGUACAACUCAGCAACGUGGCUGCUUUGCUUUGUUAAUAAAUGCUAAUUUCUGAUGUGUAAUUGCCUAAAUUAUGAAGCAUCUUUUGAACAUUAUUAUUGAUCAAUACAUGAUGUGUGAACUCCAGUACUUGUAAAUAAAAACAGCAGCAAAAACUUUGUUUGCAUUCUUGUGUUUGCACAAAUAGAAACAUCUAUGUGUAUGUGCAAAUCGAAAAUAAUAUUUUUUAAAAAAUAGAGAGGGAACAGUUCUAAUGGAAAUUACUAUAAUUUCAAUAUUGCAGAGGAAAGCUGUUAUUAAUGGAUUUAUUACAACCGGUCCAUUAUGAAAUAGUGCAUUACUUUUAUGGAAUAGUAUUACAAAAAGUGAGGAAGGCUGUACAAAUUAAUCUUUAGAAACCCUACCAAACUGCAGGUUUGACAUACCUAAGUGCCUAGAGAGAGAAAAACCCACUGCUUUGAUGUAUUUGCUUUUGUAUGUAAUUCCCAUUGGACUUUGGGUUGCAUUUUUCUUCCUUAUUCUUCCUUUGUGGCUAAUGCUUCUUUUCCCUGUUGUAUCAAACUAGAAGUUUGAAACAGCACAGAUGAAACCUCUCCACCGGUGUAUAUUUUAUUCUAAUUUGAACAACUCUCUGUACGGUCUUUUGCACAAGUCAAACCUGCCAAAGGGAAGGAUGUUGCCAAUUGCGAACGCACAAGGCGCAGUGGAGAGUGUUUUGCGUGGGGGCACACACCACGGCGCAGAUUGCUUAGCAACCCUGUACUUGAGGGAGCGUUUUUUUAGGAGAGCAGCCAAGGGACUUGUGCCUGGGAGCGCUUGCUUGCUGCUGCCUUCGCAUGGCUCAGUGUGAGGAAGGAGAUUAAAAAGUUCUUUCCUGUCAGGGCUCCCUCUCCAGCCGCCCGCCCGCACAAAAGGCACUAACCUUAUUGACACUGAGCACAGCUGACAAGGGAAUGUAUGAAAACAGGAAACCUCUCCUGCCAUGUAGGGAGGCGGCAAGACAUGUUCACGGAGCAAUCUUUCUCCAAUGAAGUCCAUUGUGUUGAAGAAAUUUUAAAGGAAAUGACCCAUUCAUGGCCACCUCUGUUGACAGCCAUCCAUACACCUAGCACAGCUGAGCCGUCAAAGUUUCCCUUUCCUGCAAAGGAAACCCAGCAUGGUGGAUCAGUAACACAGAGCCAGAAGCAAUAUGAUGCACCUUCCAAGAGUGUUUCUACUUCUCAGCAAACACCAUCAACAUUGCGUGAGGAUCUUGAGAUCAGUGACAGUGAAGAUGGUGAUGAUGACCAAGUCAGUGUUUCCGACAAGCCAUCUUCCUCAUCAACCCCUCCAAGUGCCCCACCAUCGCAGCCGGAGAGCGUGGCAUUGGCACAUUCCAGCAGCCCAGAGUCUGCGAGCACGAGCGAUUCGGACAGUUCCUCUGACUCUGAGAGCGAGAGCAGCUCCAGUGACAGUGAAGCAAAUGGUCCCCCAACAAGAACCUCCACACCUGAGCCCGAUCCACAAGCAUCCAACCGAUGGCAGCUGAAAAACUGGCUAAGACCCAAUGAAAGUGUGCUUGAGGAUGAACAUAGCAGGAGCAGCCUCCCGGAGGGCAAAGGACAAGAGAAAACUUUCAGCACUGGGAAUUGCAGCAGCAGUAGCAAAAGGGAAUGUCCUCCGCCAGAAGACAGUCACUCCAAAACUGGCAACAAACCUCCCCGGCCUGGCGCAGAGGUACACCUCCCUACCAAGUCAAGCUGCCCAAAGUCUCCGGUCCACACAAAGGAGCCUUUCCACCAGACUGUGGGAAGCAAACAGCCCCGGAAAUCCAUCAAAACUACGGUAUCAGAGGAGCCAAAGAGAAGCUUGACGGUAGAAAGUGAGCCCCCUGGCCCAUACGGGGCCAAGGACCAGUCUUCCAAAGACAAGCCCAAGGUGAAAACAAAAGGGAGGCCUAAGUCAGGGGAGAAGAAGGAGCUCAAACCGACUGUGCCGGAGGCCUCGGAAAAAAAGAAGCACAAAAGUUUGCACCAGGCUACUGUUAAAUCAUUUUCAAACCGUGAUGCUGCAAAAGACAAUGUGGUUGUCAGCACUCAGGGUCAGUUGCCCCUCAGCCCCUUAAGCGAAAGCCCCAGAGUUACUACCGCCAGCAGAAGUAGCAGUGGCACUAAAGGCUCUGUUGUGGUAAGAGAGGACAGUCACAGAGACAAGUUUCUCUUGCCUAUCAGGGAUAAGAAGUUGCUCUCGCCCUUGAGGGAUAGCUCGCUCCCUCCCUCGCUUAUGGUCAAAAUUGAACUUGCUCUUCUCUCACGGAUCCCACAACCUCCUGGGAAGGGGACUGGCCCCGAAAGACUGCAAAGCAGAGGGAGCCACAGCACUAUGAGCAAGCAGGAUGCAAACAAAAGGAGUGUGGAUAUGCCAAGCAAGUGUCUCAAAAAGAGGAAGCAGGAAGAUCAUCAGAGAAAUGAUCAGAAAAAAGCCAGGCUGGAUAAAGAAACCAAAUCAUUCUCAUCAUCAGGUCACAAAGAUUCCAGUAAAAUCAAGAUUUUGAAGCCAUCUGCAGAGACACAAAGAAAAGAGAUGCCACUGCCUCCGCCUCCACCCUUGUCUCCCAUUCAGCCUGCCCAAAAGCCAGCCAAGACGGCUCACAAGAGGCCAAAGGGAGAGAGCAGUGCCUGCAGCCAGCCUUCCAAUCUCAUUCUCAGCACUGCCAAGAGCAAGGAAAGCCGCAAAGAUUUGUCAUCCUCCUCCAAGCACAGGAGACUGGAGGGGAAGCCUUCCGAAAGCUCAAAAAGCAACAAAGGAUCUGCAGAGGAUGUUCCAAACCCUUUCCCAGUGCCUUCUUUGCCAAAUGGUACCUCCAAGCCAACAAAACCUCAAUGCAAGCCAUACAAACAAAAUCCAGCAGAAUUUCACUUAAAUGAGGCCAAAAGGUUGAAGCACAAAGCUGAUGCAAUGACAGAGAAAGUUGGAAAGGCCUUCAAGUACUUGGAUGCUGCCUUGUCCUUCAUUGAAUGUGGCAUUUCAUUGGAAUCUGAUCCUGUCUUACCAAAGUCAGCCUACAGCAUAUUUGCAGAUACCAUAGAACUCAUCAAAUUCGUAAUGACAUUAAAAUCCUUUGCUGAUUCUUCAACAACCACGCCAGAAAAAAUCUUCAUUGUGUUUUGCAUGCGCUGCCAAGCCAUUCUGUACAUGGCCAUGUUUCGCUACAAAAAGGACACAGCAAUAAAGUAUUCCCGGACCCUUAAUGAACACUUCAAGAGUUCUUCAAAAAUCACUCAAGCACCUUCCCCGUGUGUCGCAAGGAGUACGGGCACACCUUCUCCUCUUUCCCCGAUGCCUUCUCCAGCCGGCUCUGUAAGCUCCCAGACGGGCUCAACUGCCAGCAGCUGCGGGAGUGGUGGCAUUGGCUCUUCCAUCAACGUUCCUCCUUAUAUCCCAAACAUCACCUCUUCCUUUGUCAACAUCACUUCCUAUAUUCUCUAUGCCUAUGAUCUCUGGGAACAAGCUGAUGUUUUGGCCAGGAGGAAUAAGAAAUUUUUUUCUGAUCUCAACGCUGCCGCCUGCAACCUCUCAUUGAACAGCAGUAUGAUCGAACUGGUACACUACACCCGCCAGGGUUUGCAGUGGCUGAGACUGGAACCAAAUAAGCCUUAAUCGGUGCUUCGUGACAACCUUGCCUUGGAUUCUUUUGCACUUUGAAUGCCUCAGAAACAGCCUUAUUGGCGGACUGGUUGAGUACAAAAAAAGCACCUGGAACAAGGUAGAAUGAAGCAUGAUGGUAGAGAUCUGGUACCACUGGAAAACAUUUUUAAAAAGACUACAUUUUUCUGGUGCCAAGUGGAGAAGAGGCCUCAAAGUGGAGGAUGCCUUCCUUUCUUUCUUUCAAUGGACAAAGUGCAAUUUUCUCUUCUUAUUUUUUGUUUUCUUUUUCCCCUCAUCAUGGUUUCAUUGUGUCAAUGGUCUAUGAACAUUUCUACAAAUAAAUAACCAGCAAGACAAAAAGAAAACCAAACCAACUACGUAAUCAAUCUACAUGAAGAAGUGCCGGUGAGAAGGAAAUCCGCCUCCCAAAGAAUUUUCCACAACACCUCAAUUGAUGUAAAGAUGUUUGUGGGCCCAGUGUAAGAUUAAUUCCCCACCGCCGUACACUGCUUUUUUGUUUUAAGGGAAAACCAAAAUGAAGUUUGUCAUAAUGCCUUCUGGUUCCAGAAGGGUGGGAUGAACAGAGGGAACAGAAAGGAGGAAAGGGGAGACCUUCAUCAGCACAACUUUGCCUUCUGCUUGAAUGCAAACUCCCUCUCCCCCUCUUUUCUUGGCUUUUUAAAUAUAAAAUGGCUCUUCACUUACUACCCGUAGCUGUUUGUUGCACUAAUAAUGCCCCCUUUCUUUGCUGGUUGGUGUGUGGCCCAUAGUAGGCCUACACAGGCUUCCCUAGCUGUAAUUCCCAGGGUUCUCUCUCUCUCUUCCUUCCCUCCAUCUUUCUUACUCUGUGUGGCAGCCACAGCACAGCAGUUUCAGUUGUCAUGUUUUCUUGUGAUAUUGCAUGUUCUUGGGGAGCAUGGGCAGAUUUCACAAAAGAAACAGGAAUGCUGGGCUGCCUACCAGAAGCCACAGUGAGCAGAGGAUGCAGUGUAGGUGAUGUUCAUCCCCCCCCCCCCCAAAUGGGCCGGCAAGUUGCCGUGUGGGCUAGUUCACCCUGCAAAUGAAUUGAGCAAUACUGCACUAAAGAACUGAACUGGAAUUGCUUGCAACCCACCAGCAUGAAGUACUUCAUAAAAAUGCUGUUUUUUUCAUAUUCCCUAUUCUUGGUCCAUACAGUGGAGGCAUCACAAAGUGUUUCAGUGAAAGAGUCUUAGACCAGGCCUUGUCAAGCAAGCACAGUUUAGAGUUGCAAGGUUGCUGAAGGAGGAAGUCUCUAAGGCUCCCUUGCACCUUUAUAUUUGGAAGAAGCAGGACUGGACUACCAGAAAGGUCAAUACUAGGUGUACAACUACAUGUUUCCGAUUUGGAUCCUUUAAAAAAAGGAGAAACAUUGCAGCUUGUCAUUGCAAUCCACUUUCUCUGAAAUGAUACGAGGGCUAUCCAGAAAGUAGGCUAUGUUUUGGAUUUUAAAAAGAUCAAAGUAUAGGAUAAAUAAAUUACCAUAUGCAGCUGAAAGACACAUCCCAAAACUACAAUCUCAUGUAAUCCCCAUUUAAAUUUAGCCACGUUUCUUAUAGAUAAAUAAGUUUGAAAAGUACUGCACCAGUAAAUUUGCCGCCUCUCUCCUCUGUUUCCAACAAUGGGGGCGUGGCUGGCAGUGCAGCGUUUUGGCUACGCUGCAGGAAGGGAGAAGGGGGAAGAGCUGACGACACAAGCGGGGAAUUUACUGGUGCAGUACUUUUCAAACUCAUUUAUCUAUAAGAAACGUGGCUAAAUUUAAAUGGGGAUUACAUGAGAUUGUAGUUUUGGGAUGUGUCUUUCAGCUGCAUAUGGUAAAUUAUUUAUCCUAUACUUUGAUCUUUUUAAAAUCCAAAACGUAGCCUACUUUCUGGAUAGCCCUCAUAGAUAGCAGUGCUUUCCUUUGUCUAUUGCUGCACUACUUUCAAUUUAUGCUGGCAGGUGGAAGAUCCAAUAUAUCUUCCCUUUUAAAACAUUUCCAUUUCCCCAAACUGUUUUGAACCACCUCAUCUCCCGAUCUAGAGUAAGAAACCAGCAAUUGUCGUUGGUUUACACAAGCAAAUUCUCUUCCUUCUAUAGGUUAUAGCAUUUCCAACAGAAGAGUGUGCCUUGAAGACUGCUCCACUCCAAAGCUGUCUUCUUUCCCUAAUUUAGAGUAAUAAUGAUUAAAGAACUUAUUUGUUCCCUCCUCAGUGGUGCCUUAAACCCUCCCAUCAGUUUCUGUUGUCAACUGACCAGUCAAGACAGAACAAUGGGAAUAUCUUCCAAAUAAAUUGUUCUCAAGUAUGGUACCGGGUUUUUUUUUAUUUUUUUCCUAACUCCCAAGGUCUAUAUCUAGUCAUUGUGUGUUCAUCCCAUUUAAGAACAAAGUUGCCCAUUGUAUGGAAUUGAAGCUGUGCUCCUGUUUAGCAGGAUCUGUUCUGUACCUCUGGGAAUUGCUUAAAUGCAAUUCCGAAAGGUUAUUUUCCUCAUCUCAAGAUGAAAUUUUCCUGGAAUGUAUUCUGAGCGUAGCAUUAAGCAAGCAGGUCUUACAGAUGGUCUUGGGGAACAUUAAACCUUAAGUAGGGUCCAUAAUGUCAUCUCUCUCUUUGAUAUAACUGCUGUGAAAAUCUUUUUAAAAAUCAGAGGACACAAUUUGAAGUGGCACGCAUUCAAAAUAUUGCUUUCAUUUUGCUUUCCUCUUGUGCUGCAGUUCAUUUGCAUUGGGAACCGUAGUUCUUUUACACCCAUUGGAUAGAUAGAUGGAUCUCCCCUCUCCAUCCCAAAGCUUUUCUUGUAUGUCCAUAUGUAAAACAGAGGUAUAAUGCAUCUUGCAGUUGUAAACAGGAAAUGAAAUCGGAAUAACUGUCAACAUUUAUUAGUCACGAACUGGAGAAAAGAACAAAUUGGGAUGCUAUGCCUUCUACAUGGUUAAAUUUUUGUCUGCCUUUUCUUUCUCAAGAUGGGAGGGGAAGCCAUUUUUCCAAGUCUUACGUUUUCAAACUCCUUGGUCUGGCAAAGUAGCCACCAAACACUAAACAUACUUUACAUUUCUUUACCUUGCUAAUCAGGUUCGCUGCUUCUCCCAGCCAACUGACCUCUGUAGUCUCAGGACUUUCCCUCUCUUCACCCCACGCACCUUAUUGCUGCUGCUUUUGCUCUGUUAAAAUAUAUCUUGAAAUUAGCAAUCUCCAGUUGGCAAGGGACCCACUUUAGUCUGCCUGUUGAGCACUUUAUCCAAGAGAUAAUGAUCUGUGAUGCUCCCUGUUCUAACCAGUCAUCUGGUUCCUGAAUGGUGAUUGAGAUUCAGAUAGCAGCCUUUGUCUCAGUGCUGCUGGUUUUAUAUCCCUAUUGAGUGAUGCCAAAAUGAGCAAUGCCCAUGGGUUUCUCCUGAAACAAAAACAAAAACAAAAAAAAUCAGAUUUGGUUGAUGACCAGGAUGGCCAAAUAAAUAAAAAAUCCCCAGUGGGAGCACAGGAUCACUUUUAAUUUUUACAGGUGUUACAAUGACCCUUCUAUGAAAACCCUACUCUCCUAUACAUUCUGCAAUUUCUUUUUAUUGUAUGUGCAAUUACAACUAAGCAGUUGGUCGAUAGGGAUCAUAUUUAGAAAGCCUGUACCUGGCUUUUCUUCCUCUUUGAGUUUAUAUAACAAAAGACCAACUGAAUGAAUGAUCUGAGAAAAAGAGAACUUCAUCACUGAUGGAACUUCCACUAAUUUUGUGCAGGAAUUUGGAGCUUUCUAUCUAAGGAGCAAGAAAUGAAUUGUUCUGCCAUUUUAAACACAGGUCAAUGGAGCUGAACACUCAAAGCAGCCUCCUUCGCCCGAUAUUUAUUUAGAAUUAUAAUAAUUAAUGUAUUUAAAUUGUCAAUGUUCUAUAUGUCUCAGAUGCUAUUAUUUAAUGAUUUUCAAGUUCCAUUGUCACUGGAGAUGUGGACUGAAAGCUAAAUUAAUUUGACAAUUUAAUUUUAAAAGGGCAAUUCCCCUUUCUCCCUCACCCUUCCCCUUGCUAUUUCCUUGGUUUCUUUAUUAAAAAAUCUGUACAUUUAAAUUUAUUAUGGGGUGUUGUGUCUCCAUCUUGUAAAUAACAUUUUUUUCUUCCCUGUAUAUUGGUGGUAUUUCCAGGUUGAUUUGUUUAAUUCAUGUGGGGUAAUAAAAUAUUAAAUGAAAUGGC